GUGUUUACCGACGCCACCGGCCGCCUGUAUAUCCUCACCCAACUCCGUCCCUCUCUCCCGGCCCAGAUAGAUCUUUCCCCCGUCCUCCCUCGCCUUCGCCUUCGCCGGCAGGAGAUUUCCACCACCACCGCCGAACCGCCCCGACCCUCCUCCCCUCUCGCGCUAUGGCCCAGACUGUUGUGCUCAAGGUUGGCAUGUCCUGUGAGGGCUGUGUUGGAGCUGUCAAGCGGGUCCUCGGCAAGAUGGAAGGCGUCGAGUCCUACGACGUAGACAUCAUGGAACAGAAGGUCACCGUGAAGGGCAAUGUGACACCUGACGCCGUCCUGCAAACUGUUUCCAAGACUGGCAAGAAGACUUCGUUCUGGGAGGCUGAGGCCGUGACAAGUGAAUCCGCCACACCUGCCGGUGCCACCGCCUGACAGGUUCGAUGAUCUGGAAGUGCCCGGCAAGGCGGCAAAGAAAAAAAAUGUGAAUGUAUUUAGCUUGGAUCUGUUACAAAUAAUUGCAAACUGCUAGCUCGGUCUGUACAUUUUACAGUUGCUAUUCGUGUACUGUGAUGUUCUCGUAAGUUUGGGGAGAUGAUAAACCAAUAUUUGUAUGAUAUAUGUGUCGUGUUCCA